CAUUCUGACUGUCUCAGCUUCUUGCCUUUGCUCUCCCCAAGAACUGUUAACCCCAGGUGCACUUGGGUUCUGUUUGCACACAUCCUCCCAGCCAGGCUCCCGUCUCAGCCUUUGGAUUUCUCCUCCUUCGGAUCAGAAACACUACUGAUGGUGCCAGCGGGCUAGCUGGGUGUGGGAAGACGUUUCGGGCUCUGACCGCAUCAAUGGAGCACAUUCAGGGAGCUUGGAAGACUAUCAGUAACGGUUUUGGACUCAAAGAUUCUGUCUUUGAUGGCCCAAACUGUAUUUCGCCUACUAUCGUCCAGCAGUUUGGUUAUCAACGCCGAGCAUCUGAUGAUGGCAAAAUAUCAGAUACUUCCAAAACUAGUAAUACUAUUCGUGUUUUCUUGCCCAACAAGCAGCGCACGGUGGUAAAUGUGCGAAAUGGACAGACCUUACAUGACUGUCUUAUGAAGGCACUUAAAGUAAGAGGUCUGCAGCCAGAAUGCUGUGCGGUUUUUCGACUUCUUACUGAACCAAAAGGAAAAAAAAUGCGUUUGGAUUGGAAUACAGAUGCUGCUUCCUUGAUUGGAGAGGAACUGCAAGUGGACUUUCUUGAUCAUGUUCCACUCACCACACACAAUUUUGCUCGGAAGACAUUUCUAAAGCUUGCUUUCUGUGACAUCUGCCAGAAGUUCCUGCUAAAUGGGUUUCGGUGUCAGACAUGUGGUUAUAAAUUCCAUGAACACUGCAGCACUAAAGUUCCAACCAUGUGUGUCGACUGGAGCAAUAUCAGGCAACUCUUAUUGUUCCCAAAUUCAAAUAUCAGUGACAGUGGUGUCCCUGCACUACCUCCCUUGACAAUGAGACGGAUGCGGGAGUCUGUCUCCCGGAUACCUGUUAGUUCCCAGCACCGGUAUUCUACACCUCAUGCCUUCACAUUCAACACAUCAAAUCCUUCCUCUGAGGGCUCGCUUUCCCAAAGACAGCGAUCUACAUCCACACCGAACGUCCAUAUGGUUAGCACUACAAUGCCUGUAGACAGCCGGAUAAUUGAGAAUAACAGCCUGAAUGCUUCUCCCAGUUCCUGGUGCAGACGAUUUUGUUUGAGGGGAAGAGAUGCAAUUCGAAGCCAUAGUGAAUCAGCCUCACCCUCUGCUUUGUCUGGAAGUCCUAACAAUAUGAGCCCAACUGGCUGGUCUCAGCCCAAAACCCCAGUACCAGCGCAGAGAGAGAGAGCCCCUGGAUCUAAUACACAAGAAAAAAACAAAAUUAGGCCUCGUGGACAGAGGGAUUCCAGUUAUUACUGGGAAAUAGAAGCAAGUGAAGUCAUGCUUUCUACCAGAAUAGGGUCAGGUUCUUUUGGAACAGUUUACAAAGGCAAAUGGCAUGGGGAUGUAGCAGUGAAGAUACUAAAGGUUGUGGAUCCAACCCCAGAACAGUUCCAGGCUUUCAGAAAUGAAGUGGCUGUAUUAAGGAAGACUCGGCAUGUUAAUAUUUUGCUCUUUAUGGGCUACAUGACUAAAGAUAAUCUGGCCAUUGUUACACAGUGGUGUGAAGGAAGCAGUCUGUAUAAACACCUGCAUGUUCAAGAGACCAAGUUCCAAAUGUUCCAGCUCAUUGAUAUUGCUCGGCAGACAGCACAGGGAAUGGACUAUUUACAUGCCAAGAAUAUCAUCCACAGAGACAUGAAAUCCAAUAAUAUAUUUCUUCAUGAAGGCCUCACAGUGAAAAUAGGAGACUUUGGUCUGGCAACUGUAAAAUCCAGGUGGAGUGGAUCUCAACAGGUGGAACAGCCCACCGGUUCAAUCCUGUGGAUGGCACCAGAAGUGAUACGGAUGCAGGACAGUAACCCAUUCAGUUUUCAGUCAGAUGUCUACUCCUAUGGAAUAGUAUUAUAUGAACUAAUGACAGGAGAGUUGCCAUACUCCCACAUAAACAACCGAGAUCAGAUUAUUUUCAUGGUUGGCCGAGGGUAUGCUUCUCCAGACCUCAGUAAAUUGUACAAGAACUGCCCCAAAGCAAUGAAGAGGCUUGUAGCAGACUGUUUGAAGAAAGUUAGGGAAGAACGACCUCUGUUUCCACAAAUACUAUCGUCCAUUGAAUUGUUGCAACAUUCUUUACCCAAAAUCAACCGGAGUGCUUCCGAACCAUCUCUGCAUCGUGCCGCCCACACGGAGGACAUAAAUUCGUGCACAUUAACAUCCACGAGACUACCCGUGUUUUAGGAUCAUGU